AUGAAGGUACUUAAUUUUGCUAGAAGGCUUCUGAAAUCGGCAGUAACCGUCUCUGAGGAGAUUCGCCUGGCACUUGCUGAAAAGUCAAAACCAGUGGUUUCUUUGGAAUCCACAAUUAUCACCCAUGGCUUUCCAUACCCUGCCAAUAUCGAGAUGGCUAAGAAGGUCGAAGAGGCUGUCCGUUCUUCGGGCGCUGUGCCUGCUACAUGUGCAUUUAUUAAGGGUAAACCGUUUGUGGGGCUUACUGAAACUCAAUUGGAGCAAAUGGCUGAACUGAAGGCGGUUAAUAAGGUCUCUAGACGAGACGUUGGCGUCACUAUGGCCCAGGGCCUUGAUGGUGGUACCACUAUUGCGGGCACGAUGAUUUUGUCCCAAUUGGCUGGCAUCAAGGUAUUUGCUACUGGCGGCUUGGGCGGUGUUCAUAAGGAUGGCCAUGUUACUAUGGACGUUAGUGCUGACUUGACGGAAUUGGCUCGUACUCCAGUGAGUGUGGUAUGCUCUGGACCAAAGCUGAUUCUUGAUAUUGCUAGAACAAUGGAAUACUUGGAGACUCAGGGCGUGUUUGUGGCUACGCUUAACGAUAACAACCGCAGCAAUGUCGAGAUUCCAGGCUUCUUUUGCAGAGACCUGGGCGUCUUGUCGCCAUACCAGUUUUCGUCUUGGAAGGAAGCUGCAGCCAUUGUGCAUAACCUGAACAACGUCAUGGGUCUUACCUCUUCGAACUUGUUCUGUGUUCCUCCUCCUGAAGAUGUGGCUCUUCCUAGUGAGUUCAUCGAGAAGGUUAUUGUGGAUGCUACCGCUAAGGCUGCUGAACAGAAGAUCCUGGGUAAGCAUUUGACUCCAUUUUUGUUGAAGAGCGUUGCAGAAGCUUCAGAUGGAAAGUCUGUUGAAUGCAACAAGAACUUUGUUGUAAAUAAUGCCAUUGCUGCAAGUCACUUGGCAAGAGAGCUUCUUGAUAUUGAAGCUCAGGGACCAAAAGUAAACUUUGUUCCUUCUACAAGCAUCAAAAAGGAUACGCCCAAGGCUGUGUCUGUUGAAGAACCUACGAAGGAUGUUGCUGACAAAGUCGAUACCCUCAUCAUCGGCCUGAUUGCUCUAGAUACUAUAAGUGUUUUCGAUAAGGAGGCUACUAUGGGAGACUCUAACCCUGGAAAACUGCGUUCUUCUGUUGGAGGCGUCGGCUACAAUGUCUCGUUGGCACACAAGUAUGCUCUGCGUGGGUCUACUUACAGAUUUAUUUCGGCUGUUGGCGACGACUUUGCCGGAAAGCUGCUUCUUAAUGAAUUGGAUAAAACGCAUGGUGAUACCAGUGGAAUAAAGGUCGUUCCUUCUUCUCAGACAGCACAGUACACUGCGAUGCUUGAUCCCCAAGGCGAGCUUGUUCUUGCUUGUGCUGAUAUGACCAUUCUUGAACAACCAGAUAAUCAGGCUUUCUUGAAGGAGCAAAUCGUAAGAGCUCAGCCGGGGACAAUUGUGGUGGAUUGCAAUUUUUCUCCCGAAAUGUUGAGCCUGUUAUUGCAGGUGGUGAAGAGAGAAUUGCAGUACGAGCCCAAGGUUAUCGUUGAGCCCACUUCGGCCCCUAAGCUGAGCAGAAUUGGACAAGUGAACACUAAAAACUUGGGAGUAUUCCCAAAUAAUACUAUCUCCAUGAUUACGCCUACAGUUGCUGAGCUUGCAAGUAUUCAUUCUACUUUCAGUCGCCGUGAAUUGUUUGAUGACUACGAUGAAUGGUUUCCAGCACUUGAUUCACUUGGAAUUAAUUCUCAGUUCAGGGAAAAGAUGGCUAGCCAGGCCAACAAGCAUGAGGUGCUUAAAUUUUUGCUUGAAAAAGGCGUCAUUCAGCAAUGUUUCCAGCUUAUCCCAUACAUUCCAACCAUUGCAGUGAAGCUAGGCAAAAAGGGAGUGGUACUUGUUAAAUUGAGUACGGACGUUGAAGCAUACAAGUCGAUUCCAACCUCUUCUCCAUAUGCUCCAUCGUUUAUUUAUACAUCUGAAGGCCUGAUGGUUGAGGAACAACGUGUUGGUGUUGUCAUUGAAUACUUCCCUAUUCCAAAAGCGAACCACGACCUCAACGUGGUAAACGUUACUGGCGCUGGUGAUACAUUCCUCGGUGUUCUUUCCUCCCACGUUUCCAGUUAUGACUGGCUCAGCUCUGAAGUCAAAACCAUCGAGCAAGAGUGGGCCUUAUGGGAAAGCAUAUACAACGCCCAGGUGGCCAGUGGACUAAGCAUCCAGUCACACGAAGCCAUCAGCCCCGAGAUCAAGAAGCUCACAACGACACACUAA